GGGGGCGGAGCUGCCCGUGGACGGGGGUCGCGCGCUGCGGGCGGCGGCGGUGUGCGCGUGCUCGCUUCAGGGAUGGGCCGCGCCUGGCAGGCGCUGCGGGCCCUGCGCCUGCGGCUCCUGGGGCCAGAGAAGGAGCUGGUGGGCACCGACCAGUUCGGCAACAAGUACUACCGCGUGCCUCAGCACCAGACCGGCGCAGGGCAAAUUAAACCUGAAAGAAGGUUUGUAGAAGCAGUAAAUCGGCAAGCAUACCAGUACGAGAUGGGUGACUUUCCAACAGAAUGGGAAGCUUGGAUAAGAAAAAAAAGAAAGGAUCCACCCACCAUUGAGGAGAUUCUUAAGAAUGAGAUGUACAGACAAGAAAUGAAACAGAAGGUCAAAGAUGUGUAUGAAAAAGAUAAGCUCCUUCAGACCAAGGAAUAUAAGGAGGGACUUGUUGCUGAACCAGUUCAUGCUCAGGUUAAAGGCCACGCGUCAGCUCCCUACUAUGGAAAGAAAGAGCCAUCCCAAGACCCAGCAAGCACUUCAGGUUCCUUUCAGCCGGGUUCCUGGAUGCCACCAGGAAGUGACAGUAGUAAAAAGAACCAGCUUUGAUGUACAAACAUUGCCAACGGAUAAAUGCUUUAAUAGGCAUCGUAAACAACUGUUAUGUAUAGUGGCCAUGCAAUAAAGUAGUAUUAAAUCCAA